UGCGCAAGCUUGGUGGUCGGUCUCAUCUUCAACCGGAAGCUGAGUGAUUGUCGAAGACAAGCAGGUAUUCGGGUUGUGGAGGAGCCGCGCUCGGCUUGGGUCGCAUUCCGUUCCCGCACUGUGCCGUGCAUGAUUUGGCUCGAACACUCCCCACAAUCCAGCUUUCCCCAGAUUCUCCUCCACCUCGCUAUCCGAAGCCAUUGUCGUUCGAUGCAUUUGCAAUGCAGGCAAAUGUGACACCACCGCAAGAGCAAUUGACCGCCACUAUACCCGAUUCGGAAACCCAGAGACUUUUCCAGUGCAGCACGUGCAAGAAGUCCUUCACCAGGGCAGACCAUCUCACGCGACACGUCCGAGCGCAUACGCGGCAAAAGCCCUACAUUUGUCCUGUAUGCUCGAAGGGUUUCGCCAGGAUAGACCUACUUAAGAGGCAUGUAACGAACCACAACUCCGACUCUGCCGCGAAAAGGCAAAAGCGAGAGAUCGCUCGCGAUACCCGAGUAGUGCAGGCGUGUGAGGCUUGCUCCCAAAGCCAUUUACGCUGCGAGGACGAAAAGCCAUGCAGUCGUUGUAAGAAGAGAAACAUCGCCUGCCGAGUACCAGAGACCUUCACAGCAGAUGAUAACGAAGUCAACGAACUCGAUGCGGUGCAUGCCGCACAAGACUUGCUUGACUUGUCCACCGGGUUUGACUAUGGUUCCCCAACGCCGCUUCCUGGAAACAACAAAAACUUGACACCACAAAUGAGUGAUGGCAACAAACAAGACUUCCUUCUGCCCUCAAUAUCAGUGGAGCAGAUGGCACCUUCGAGCGGGUCACAUUCAACUGGACGUGAGAGAUCGUUUAAUACAUCCAACAAUGUCAAACAAGGCCCAGGCACUCUGGCUAUAGAUCAGCUGUACACCGACACUGACAACACACCAUUAGCAUUCUUCGACAACACAAUGUCGAACUUCGAUGACACACCGACUAUUGACCCAUUUCUCCCGGACUACUUCCGGAAUAUGCCACCGUUCGAAUCGUUCUUGUCAGGUCAUGCUACACCACGAGGCAUAAUGGACCUUAAUUUCGAUAUGGACGUUGGUCUUACAGACCUUGACCUCGGGUUGCUAGACCAGUACAACUUUCAGGUGCCGUUCACGGCGGGGACACCCUCGACUGACGCUCAUGGGCUCGAAUCACAGCCUCUGGAAAGCGACAGCGCACCGGUACGAGCAGAAGCUUUCAAACAGAGCAUAUGGCGCUAUAUGCCACGUCGAGACAAGGACCACAGCGGAAUGGAGCAGACAAACCUAGCCUUCCCAGACUCUGACAAAGACAGCAGUCGCCGAACGCAUCUUCCACAACGUCGCGCGCUCAAUGAGAGACUUGGCCGCGUGAGCCGUGAUCGGGUUAUGGCCCUGGUCCUUGGCACAUGCAGCCCUGAGAACGUUAAGCGUAUAGCAUCUGCAUUUCCAAGUGUUGAACUGCUCGAUGGACUCAUACAGUUUUUCUUGACCUCGCCAGCCCUCGAUGUGCAGUCCUGGUUUCACCUUCCAACCUUGUCGCUUGCGAAGUUGAGCCCAGAACUGCUUGCUUGUAUCAUCUCAGCAGGUGCUGCUUCCACACCAGACAUACCAUUGCGAAAGCUUGGGUUCGCACUGCACGAAGCUGCUCGCAUGGGUCAAGCAAAGUCGUUCGAAGAGGACAACUCUGCGAUAAGAGACUUGCAGCAUGUGAGGACAUUCUUACUCCAACUUGUGGUUGGAAUGUGGAGCGGUGUGAGUCGCAAGAUGGAGAUUGCGGAGAGCUUCCUUCAACCGCUCGUUACGAUGAUACGACGAGGAGGGAGGCUGCGACGAUCGACGUGGAAGGACAUUGUUCCGUCUGCGGAAGAAGAAGGGUCUGCUCUCGAAGCCAAGUGGGAAGAGUGGGUGCACCAAGAGUCGUAUCUUCGUCUCAUCUAUCGUGUGUUCGAGCUUGAUAGACAGUCAUCGAUGGCCCUGCUCAAACCGCCGUUGAUGACAUACUCGGAGAUGCAUCUGCCCUUGCCUAGCUCAGAUCGUCUUUGGCUAGCAAAGUCCGCAACCGCCUGGAAGGCCGCUUAUCUGGAAAAUGCCUGGGACGCGAGAAAGCGUCCAUCAGCUAUCGACUGCCUCCUAGAUCUCGACCAUCUCGCUCAACAUGACAGCGCUAGCAAGACGUAUCUGCACAUGAUGUGGGGCAUGGUCUGGGAGUUCCGCCAGAUAAGCUCGCUCGGUGCACGAUCACCCGCUAAAGGACACAACAGUCUCAUCCUGUCAUCCCGCUAUCAGGAGCUUACGAAGCAGAUCGAAGACUUCCACGUCAGCAGCCCACCAAUGACAAAAACUGCUGAGAUCACCAUGGAACUGAUGUUGCUACAUCUCAACGCGCCCCUAGACGACAUCCAACUCUUUGCUGGGAUCGAGGGCCAAGAAGAGGCGCGCUCCGCCUAUCCUUCAUUGCGCGAUUGGACGAAGACGGUUCUAGCCCGCCAGGCACUGUGGCACGCUGGCCAGAUCCUUCGUGCUGCUGAGAGUCUACCGAAAGGUCUGCUCUGUAACUUCAAUGCGAUCGCCGUAUACCAUGCGGGGCUUAUACUGUGGGGUUAUGGCUUCCUAAGGCGAUCUGCUGCAGAGAAGUCGACGCCUAGCGACGCCCCACAAGCUGCAGUGGUACUCAAUGGAGACGACACCCUCAGCGCGCGAAGAUUCAUCACUAUGGAUCGAGGGUUUCCGUCAAUCAGGACCACCAAGUCGAAGGACACUAUCCAGCUAAGCAAUGUUGGUGCAGUCAUGGAUGGCUUAGUGCAACUACUGUUAGCACCUUAUGGGUCUGUUGAAGAAUCAUGCCCACCACUGGUAGGUAAUCUGGUGCAGUUGCUGGAAGGUCUGCGACCAGGCACCAGAUAAAGAAAGGGUACCACUAUGUGGAAGAGUGAUUUGCCUAUUCGUCGGACCCAACGUUCGAAAAUGUUGUAGUCUUCAGAUAUUCUAUCAGGUCGCGGAUGGCCUGCAGAUUGACGCUGAAUACCUCCCAAAACCUUUGGCUC